CCCUGGUUCCUCUGGCUUCUUACCUCCCCUAGCCUCAAGCAAAAACUCAUCUUGGGAGAAACUGAAAAGAGAGCUGAAUGGCAUUCCCAGAGAUGCAAGAUAAGGCUGACGCCCAAGCUGAAAGCCAGGCAAUGUUUGCCUGUAAUGGACCUGAUCCUUAGAGCCUGGAGUCCCCAGCUCUCCCUUCCUCCUUUGCCCACAAAGGCACUAGGUGGGGUUUAUAAUUCAAACUUAGUGAGGAAAGAAAUCUCCAAACUGCCUCUUCCCAGUUCCAGCUGCUCUGGCCUGACUCUGCUGGGACUUUGUGUAAUCCUCCAGGCAAAACUGGGUCACUGGGGGCAGGGAGAAUGGGAGAGAGAAAAAGAGAGGGAAGGAAGGAGGAAUGUCCUACCUGCCAGCGACACUAUAAGUACCAGUGGUGAGGUCAGCAGUCUUCACUGAGGACCCAGGCUUUCUUCUAGGGAGGAGCAUAGGGCCAGAAGAACUGUCUACACUCAGAUUUUGAUCUGAAGUCAUGAGCUUAAAAUCUCACCUGGAGGGCAGUGCAGGAACGAGCCAGCAGCAUGAAGAUCCCCUUGAAAGGCUGCCCAAGAGAUAUGGUGAAGGGGAGCUGGACUGCAGCUGGAACACAAAAGCCAGGGCACACCCAACCUUUCUCAUAGACUGUGCCAGUGGGAAGCCUCUUUCUCAGUCAAGGCCCUCCCCAGCCUCUUCCCAAAGGCCCCACUCAGAACCUAUUCGUCCUCUUAUGGAAACCUACAUCUUGUUCUGCUGGGACGGGCCCAGUCCUCCUCUAGAGGUCUCCCAAGGUGGAGAAGUUGUGUCAGAGCCCGAGAAACAGCUGAUCGAGGGUCCCCAGGACCCUGAGGACCCAGCUCCUAGUCCAUUUAGGCAGCCCGAAUCCAAGGACAAGCCCAUGUUCAUAGUAUUGUCCUCCAUGCCCUUCUUGCCCGUAAAAGCUUGGAACUCAGUCAAGACCUCCCUGAGAGCAUUCUGUUCCUGUGUCUUUGGGCAAGAGGAUUAAAGCUGGUGGAGUGGCAUCCAGUGCAAUUCAAUACCCAUUUAUGGAGUUUCCAUUGUGUGCAUGACCCUAGACUUGACACUAGAGAAGCAAAUAUAAAAAGGGAAGUCUUCAAGGAGCUUACAGUCUACAAAGCAAUAUCCAUUAAUAAGCAUUUUUUAAAAAUACAUUUUUAUUGUUAUCUUUUAUUUUUACAUUGUCUAAAUUUUUUUUCAGUACUCCUUCCCAUCCCAGAAAGCUAAACCAAACAACAAAGAAUAUGCAUUUAAAAAACUAUUGGUUGAUUUGUUUAUUUCAGUUACAUGUAGAAAUAAUUUUUGACCAUUGUUUUCUGAGAUUUUAGAAUUCAGAUUUUCUCUCUCCCUCCCUUCCUCCUUCUCCCCUGGGUGGUAAAAUAGUCUGGUAUAGGUUAUUCCAAUGCUUUCAUGCAAUAUGUAUUUCAGUAUUGCUCAUGUGGAGACAGAAGACACUUCUCACACAUACAAUAAAACA